AACAAGCCCAAGACGUUUGCUUUCGACCAUUGCUUCUUUUCGCUGGAUCCCGGCGGGGAAAAUUUCGCGAGCCAAAACGUCGUAUUCGAUGCUUUAGGACGUGAUAUUUUGGACAAUGCAUUCCAGGGUUACAAUGCCUGCAUUUUUGCUUAUGGACAAACCGGUUCUGGGAAGUCUUACACGAUGAUGGGCAGUGGCGACAACAAAGGUAUAAUCCCGCGACUGUGUGACAACCUCUUUGACAUGAUUGCGAAGCAACAAAGCUCGGAAUUAACUUACAAGGUCGAGGUCUCGUAUAUGGAAAUUUAUAAUGAAAAGGUACACGAUCUUCUGGAUCCAAAGCCCAACAAGCAAUCCCUCAAAGUCAGGGAGCACAACGUUUUAGGACCUUACGUUGAUGGAUUGAGUCAACUCGCUGUCACUGCUUACCAGGAUAUCGACAACUUAAUGACAGAGGGAAAUAAAUCUCGGACAGUGGCUGCUACAAAUAUGAAUUCCGAGAGCUCACGUUCGCAUGCUGUGUUUUCAGUAAUUCUCACGCAAACAUUGACCGACAUGAGGAGCGGAGUAAGCGGUGAGAAAGUGUCACGUAUGAGUUUGGUCGAUUUAGCUGGAAGCGAGAGAGCCGUUAAAACUGGAGCCGUAGGUGAUAGACUGAAAGAAGGGAGCAACAUCAACAAAUCGUUAACGACGUUGGGUCUAGUCAUCUCAAAACUCGCAGAUCAAAGUUCAGGGGGUAAAAAUCGUGAUAAAUUUGUGCCGUACCGUGACUCUGUUCUAACAUGGCUUUUGAAGGAUAAUUUGGGCGGUAAUAGUAAAACCGUAAUGGUUGCCACAAUUUCACCCGCGGCGGAUAAUUAUGAGGAAACAUUAUCAACGCUGCGGUACGCCGAUCGCGCAAAGAGAAUAGUUAAUCACGCGGUUGUUAAUGAGGACCCAAAUGCAAGAAUUAUUCGAGAGCUUCGCCAGGAGGUUGAGGCGCUCAAGGAGAUGUUGUUACACGCGACUGGUCAAGGGCUGGCUGUUGGUCAGAGACGCACUGAUAUUACUGAAAAAAUAUCUGAAUCUGAGAAACUUAUGAAGGAAAUGUCCGUCACGUGGGAGGAGAAAUUAGUCAAGACUGAACGAUUGCAGCACGAGCGACAGCACGCGCUUGAGAAGAUGGGGAUCAGUGUCCAGGCCUCGGGGAUUCAAGUCGAGAAGAACAAAUUUUAUUUAGAAAGGACUCUCGUCGGCGGUAGAUCUGCGACGACAGAGCAGGAUAUUCAGUUACACGGACUGGGUAUUUUGCCAGAGCACUGUGUAAUAACAAUUGAAGACUCGGCGCUCUACAUGACACCUUUAAACGGAGCCAGGUGUUUUGUUAACGGCAGUCAAGUCGUUGAAAAAACUCCAUUAUUGCACGGCGAUAGAAUAGUGUGGGGUAAUCACCAUUUCUUCCGAGUAAAUUGUCCCCGCAGCGCUACCGCUAUCAGCAGCGAACCUCAGACCCCGGCUCAAAAUAUCGACUACAACUUUGCGAAAGAGGAACUGAUGUUAAAUGAACUCUCAAACGACCCCAUCCAACAGGCUAUUGCACGCCUGGAGAGGCAGCAUGAAGAAGAUAAACAGGUCGCUCUCGAGAAGCAGCGUCUGGAGUACGAACGUCAAUUUCAGCAGCUGCGCAACAUAUUAUCCCCGUCUACUCCCUACUCUCCUUAUGUACCUUAUGACCCACUCCGCGGAAGUCACAGUGGUAAAUUGCCAGCCUGUACACCAACAACCCAAAUGAGAGUUGAAAAGUGGGCCCAAGAGCGGGAUGAAAUGUUCAAACGCAGUCUUGGACAAUUGAAAACAGAUAUACUCAAAGCGAAUUCAUUAGUUCAAGAAGCCAAUUUCCUGGCUGAGGAAAUGGAUAAGCAAACCAAGUUCAGUGUUACCUUACAGAUACCUCCGUAUAAUUUAAGUCCUAACCGAAAGCGAGGAGCAUUUGUCAGUGAACCGGCAAUCCUAGUAAAACGAGCAAAUAUGGGCAGCCAAGUAUGGACAAUGGAGAAACUGGAGAACAAACUAAUCGACAUGCGGGACAUGUACGAAGAGAAGAAAUACAACAACAAUAGUUUGCCGCGAUUACCCGCAGUUAAAGACGAAGUACCCGGGAAAACCCAGGAUCCAUUUUACGAGUCACAAGAGAACCACAAUCUCAUUGGAGUGGCUAAUAUAUUUCUGGAGGUUCUGUUCCACGACGUAAGACUGGAUUAUCACACGCCGAUAAUCAGCCAACAGGGAGAAGUCGCUGGCCGGCUCCAGGUUGAGAUAAGUCGCGUGAGUGGACAAUUUCCGCAGGACAGAAUAUGUGAGGCAGCUUCCGAAACUUCUGGCUCGGAUUCGGGCUCCUCUGAGCACGAGGACGACACGGGAACCAGCCAGAUAACUUGUCGCGUUACGAUAAAGCAAGCCAGUGGAUUACCGCUCUCGCUGAGUCACUUUGUCUUCUGCCAGUACACAUUCUGGGGCCAUCCUGAGCCUAUCGUGGUGCCGCCGGUGGUCAACAGCGACUUACCGGUCAGCAAUAUCAACACUGCGAAUAACAACAGCACAAAUCAACGGGACUCGCUGACUUUUCAGUUCAAUCACACAAAAGACUUGACUGUUCCUGUCACCGAAGAGUUCAUGGAACAUUGUUCUGAAGGCGCGCUCAGCAUCGAAGUCUGGGGACACAGAAGCGCUGGUUUUUCGCGCAGUAAACCUGGAUGGGAAGUUGAACAGCAGCUGGCUAAAGCGCGAUCCCUCGCUGACCGCUGGUCGGAACUGACGAGGAAGAUUCAACUGUGGGUCGAAAUUCAAGAGCUCAAUGAACAAGGAGAAUAUUCUCCGGUUGAAGUUGUUAUUAAACCUGACGCUAUGACUGGCGGAGUGCGAGUGAAACCCGUUCAAAAUUCCGGCACAUUGCCAAUAAUCUGUCAAUCAGUGCUGGACAUCGCAGUGGGUAGUGUAUCAGUCCGCAACCGGUACCAAAACCCUUUGGACAGUUAUCAAGACGAGGAUUUGAAUGUCCUGAGAGAAAAAUGGAGCGACGCUUUAAUGAGGCGACGGCAGUACCUAGACCAGCACAUUCAGAAGCUGAUAAACAAAAAAAACAAAACCGAGCAAGACGUAGAGCGCGAGCAGAGUUUGGUUGACCAGUGGGUGAGCCUGACUGAAGAAAGAAACGCCGUGCUAGUCCCGGCCGCGGGUUCUGGGAUUCCCGGAGCACCCGCUGACUGGAAUCCCCCGCCUGGAAUGGAGCCACACAUUCCCGUACUAUUUCUUGAUCUCAACGCCGACGAUUUGUCGACACACCAAUCUGGCGAGGAAGUAUCCAUUACCGGAUUGAAUUCCAUUAUUUCUAAGGAGCAUGGCAAUAAAUUUUUUACCCUCCCGAUAAUUCGGCACUUGGAGAAAGACGUCUGUGCUAUCGCCGCCUGGGACUCUAGUAUACACGACGACUUGCAUUUAAAUCGCGCUACUGAUACCAACGAGCGGGUGUUUUUAAUCCUCAAGACAACCGUCCGCUUAUCGCACCCCGCGCAGAUGGAUCUUGUACUGAGAAAAAGACUUGCGCUCAAUAUCUACAAAAAACAGAGCCUUGCUGAUAAAUUAUUCAAGAGAAUUGUUCGUACUGAUUGUCUUACUCAGACUGGAGUCACUUAUGAAGUCGUUUCUAAUAUACCAAAGGCUAGUGAAGAGCUCGAGGAUCGCGAAAGCUUGGCCCAAAUCGCUGCCAGUGGAGAAGACAGUGGCUUGUGUGAUGGCGAAACUUACAUAGAAAAAUAUACAAGAGGUGUUUCGGCAGUCGAAAGUAUCUUGACGCUAGAUCGAUUGAGACAAAACGUCGCAGUGAAAGAAUUACUCCAAGCACAGGGACAACCAUUGAUGCGCAAGACAGCCAGCGUACCAAACUUCUCGCAGAUCAUGAGAUUCGAUACCUCGAUGGAAGCGCUGAGCGUUACACGCUCCGAAAGUGUAACAGAUCUCAAUUCCGAACUUAAUGGCCUACCUCAUCCAAGACGAGCGUCCGUCGGACACGCGAGAAAUGAUGACAGUCCUUUCAAUACCACACCGUUAAAGCCGUUUGGAAUCGCCUCACCAAAUAUGACCGGUAAGUUGGGUCUGCGUAUGACGACGCUCCAUGAAGAAAUAUCACACACGGGUAAUCAUCCGUCUUCUCCGAUUCAAGAUGAUGAUGAAGAAAAGAGUGAUGUUGAUUAUUCUGAGUAUGAAGCGUACAAGGCCCCGACAAAGUUCGUGAAGCCACUAACAACAUCACGUACACUUGACUCUCUAGCAGAGCUCCAGUCAACGAAGAUUAACACACCAAGUAUGAGUAGCAGCGGUUAUGGAUCUCAAGCAGUAUCAACAACAAACUUGACAUCCGAUGACUCUAUGUCGAUAAAGUCUAUCAGCGUUGACGAGACACCAGACUUGGAGUACCGUAAUAUAAUGGAGUACAAGAAGCCCGAAAAAAUGGACAGCUCACUAGUAGAAGAGACACCAGAGGAGUACCUGGGGGAAAUCAAUACCGACAUUGAGAAUUUAUCAGUAUCACAACGAAUAACCGAGGACGUUGACCAGAGCGACGUUCAACCUGAGAUAAACAAGCGGUUCUCAUCAAGUUCUAGCCUAUUUAGCAAAAAUGACAGCAACUCGAUAGCUGAUAAAAGAAACGAGAUGGAAAUUAGCCAAGCAUCCAGCGACGACAGUCCUCUAGAGGACAACUCAAUAGUCAACACAAAACUUCCUCCAGGUAAAGUUGUCAGGAGACGCAAACAAUCCUCCGGCUCUGCAAACAACUCGAGAACUCCAACUUUAACUUCUAAUUCUAAUUCAAAUAUUAAUAUUAAUAAUAACAAUAAUCAUAAUAAUACUAAUGCCAAUAAUAAUAAUAAUAAUAAUAAUAAUAAUAAUAAUAAUAAUCAACAUCGAGCUUCGUUUCCUAUGGUCCGUCCACACUUCUCGGAAAGCAAAGUUGCCGCGCAAUUGGAGCAUAUACUUCACCAGCCAGAUAUGGGCUACGAGAACGGCGACAAUAGUUCAUCAGCGGAGCGUAUUGACGAUGAUAUGAGCGAUAAAAAUUCUGGAUUCGGUUCACGGCACGAUUUAACGAGAAUAGAACCUCCAUUACCCGACUGGGUGGUAGUUGGCGAGUCCGUUAUGGUCCGACCCUACAGCUACUGCGGUGUUAUUGCGUAUAUUGGACCCACGGAAUUCGCAUCCGGGACUUGGAUUGGUGUUGAGCUUGAUGCUCCCACUGGCAAAAAUGACGGUGCUGUUAGUGGACAACGUUAUUUCACAUGUAGACCUAAAUGUGGAAUCUUUGUAAAAGUAGACAAACUUAUUCAAGACAGAAGAGGCAGAGCAUUGAGAAGUUUUAUCAAACAAGAGUCAGCACCACCUCCAUCAUCUACAAUGCGCAGAAGUGUGAAGGUUUACACUCAUUGCAUCGAAGCCGAAGUCGCGGUGAAGGCCUCUCAACAACCGGCACCAGAUAUCCGUCGCGUGGAAAAUGAAGCUACUGGUAUAAAUAGUCCAUCAUAA